AUGUCCUACCCCACCCGCACGCGUAGCAGCGCGAGCGGCACACCCGUUGGCCAGACCCAGAUGCUGCCUCCCCCAGGCUACAAGCCCUCUCCACAGGGAUACGCGUACGGUACGCCCACGCGCGUCCCCCAGCAGCAGCAGCAAAUGGCUAUGAUGCAGCAGGCCCAGAUGCAGCAGCAGCAGCACCACCACCAGCAGCAACACGCGCAUGCCCAGGCUCAAGCCGCGGCGAUGCAGCAGGCCCAGCUCGCGCAACUCCAGGCUGCUCGCCAGGCCCAAGCCGCUCAGCAGCACCAGCAGCAGCUGCCACCAGGCUACAGCCGUCAACAAGCUGCCCCGCACGCCGGCGCCGCAGCUGCCCCGCGCCAGCACGCCCAGGUGCCCAUGUACCACUUCCCGGCGUCGUACCCUGCCGGACCGAUGGGCUUCUUCCUUCCUCCACCAGGCCAGAUCACCCGCGACCCUACCUACCAGACCCCACCGACCAGCCAGGCGCUGUACACGACGUACCCGGCGCGUCUGCGGACGGGUGUCACACAGCUGCUCCAGCCCGAGAACGUCACCGGCGGUCCUAGGGAGAGGGAACACAUGCUCGCCGAGCUGGACCGCGAGCUCGCAGGCGCACGGAGCAGUGGAACCAACACUCCGCGCAUCGAGUCUCCGGCUCCGACGUCGUCUCGCCGGAACACGACCACAGUCACGCUGUCUGGUCGUCGUGCCGGCCGCGUCAACUAUGCCGAAAAGGAGGAGAGCGAGGAGGAGAGCAGCGAAGAGGACAUUGACGAGGCGCCGUCUGACCCUGAUGACGAUACUUUUGGCGAGCGCAGGAGGAGAAGGGACGCACUCGACCGUGAACGCCAGGACCGCCAUGUCCAGGAGAGAAUUGGCCGGAUCAAGAAGAAGCACUCGGAGAUGGAGCGUGGGUGGACUUGGCUCGGUGACCGCGUCCCUGCCGAGCGCGUCCGGAGCGAGGUUGCGAGGGUUACCAAGCACAAGUACUACCCCGAGCACGCACUGGAACGACAGGCGGACCAGCCAGAGAUGCUUGUCCCCAUCACGAUCGACUAUGACGUCCCCUCCCCAACAGGCGAUGGAAACGGUAUCAAGAUCAAGGACCGGUUCCUGUGGAACGCCGCCGAUGCGUACCUCAAGCCGAUCGAGUUUGCGACCAUUCUGUGCGAGGACAUCGGCCUCGCCGUGCAGCCGCACGCCAACACCAUCGCCGACCUCAUCCUCACCCAGAUUGAAGAGGCACAGGGAACGGUCGUGAUCGACCUCCAGACGGACGACGCCACGCCAGACGACGUGCUCUGGUCCGACGAAGAGGACAUGCACGUCGACGAGGAGAGCUACCCGGAACCCGACUGCCGCAUCAUCAUCAACCUCGACGUCCAGAUCUUCACCCACGUCCUGCGUGACCGCAUCGAGUGGGACCUGUCGUCGCCGCUGCCCCCAUCCGAGUUUGCCCGCCACUACUGCGCCGAGCUCGGCCUGUCGGGCGAGGCCAUCCCGCUCAUCGCGCACGCCAUCCACGAGGAGCUCAUCAAGCACAAGCGCGACGCGCUCGAGCUUGACCUCUUUGCGUACACCCACCCCUCGGAGCAGGCCAAGUGGGAAAAGGGCGGUGCCGGAGCACAGGGCCGCGCCACGAGCCGGCAGGGCGCGCGCGCGCUCGUGGGCGUCUGGCGCGAUUGGUGGGAGCGCGACGAUUUCCAGCCCCAGCUCGUCGAGCUGAGUACCGAGGAAAUGGAGCGCCGCGAGGUCGAGCGUAGUCGUGAGGCACGACGCAUGAUGCGUACCCUUGCCACAUCCAAGCGCCGCAGGUAG